AGAUAAUAUGGCUUAAUUAUUAAAUAUUUAAACUAGUUAUCUACAACUGGCGUAUCCCUAUUGAAUUGGGUCCAGUCCUAACAAGAUAGGAAUCUUCAAUACUAAAGAAUUUUUCCUCAAUUGAUUGCAAACAAGGAAUAAAUAAUGGAUUCACCAGGAAAUGCCAGGGAGGAUGCACCAAAUCAAGUGAAAACUGUCACCGAACAAGUCUUGAGCCAUCCCAAUGGUGUCACAGAUCGGAAAAGUGAUGUCAUUGUCGACAACAAUGCCUCAAGUAAAAAUGAAUAUGCCACAGAUGGUAAUAGUGAUGUCACAAAUAGAAAUGACUACACAAUAAAGUUUUCUCGUGGUGCCACAAAUCGAAGUGACUAUGACCAUGGUGAGGCCAUGGAUAGUACAGAUGGUGCCACGGUUCAGACUGUUACUUGUCACUCAUGUAAACAUAAUAUUAAGAGAGGAAAUACACCCCAAGAAAAUUUUUCACCUCAGGUCUCUAAUUGUAAUGGCCAAAGAACUUGCCCAGUAGACCAAACCCAAACGAACAGUAGCUCAAAUAUUUCAACUGACCUAAGUGUAACGAGUGGCCAUAGCAACGCCAUUGAAAAAAAAAAUCACGAUAAUACCUGUGAAGGACGUAUUUCUGCACAAAAAUGCACAGAAUGUAUUUGCGCUUCUACCAUAAAAGAUACCACAGAUAAAUGUGACUGUGUCACGAAAAAUGGUAUCGGUGUCACAGAAUGUGAACACGAUGCCGAAGAAAACUCUAGUGACGUCACUGAUAAUGAGAAUAGUAUCACAAGCUCAGAUGAGAUGUUUUGUGAUUGCAAAAGUAUUAUGUCAUCACAAAGGUCUUUAAAAGACAACGAAAAAGGGGGAACUACAAACGGGGAGGAAAUAAAUUCGAAAAAACUCACAAAAAGUGUAUCAGACUCUGCUUCAAUUUGCACAUACCCUACUCAAAGCACUCUGAUGGAUUUCUGUAGAAUAUGUCACUGUGAAGGAGACGCAGAGAUUGGUCCGCUGAUUGCCCCUUGUUAUUGUCGUGGGAGUCUUCGCUACGUUCAUCAGGCUUGUUUACAACAGUGGAUCAAGAGCUCAGACUCCAGACACUGCGAGCUGUGUGGUUACCAGUUUAUAAUGGAUUUAAAGUUGAUGCCAUUUCGGAAAUGGAAGAAACUAACAAUGUCAACAACAGAGAGAAGGAAGAUCAUGUUCAGCGUUAUGUUCCAUGUCAUUGCCAUAACCUGUGUGAUUUGGUCUCUCUAUGUAUUGAUUGAAAGGACGGCCAAUGAGAUUAAAGUUGGAAAACUUCAAUGGCCAUUCUGGACCAAACUAGUCGUUGUCGCCAUUGGCUUCACCGGAGGUCUUGUGUUCAUGUACGUACAAUGCAAGGUGUAUGUUCAACUGUGGAAACGUCUCAAAGCUCACAACAGAGUUAUAUUUGUAAAGAGUAAUUCUCCUGAUGAGGCAAAUGCCGAUACCCCAUUAGAUGAUGACGUCUCAGUCCAAAGUUCAAACGAAGUAACCUCACCUCAGCAUCGAGAUAAUGAUGCAGUGAUUGUGGAGAUUCAACAAAACCAAGUUUAGCGGCCCCACACUGGGUCUUUGCACAAACUUUCAUAUUGGAAACCAAAACAAGUCCAGGCUCCAUGAAAGCUGUUUUCCCGGCGAAUAAGCCUACCUGGCAAAUAAGACGAAGCGAAGCCUCUUUUUAGCACUGAAUAAGAGGGUUUUUCUAUAUAACCCUCCAAUGAGACUGGAAGAAAAAUUGCUUCUCUGUUGGUCAUAUUUGGGGAGACCAAAAAUAAGCGACCCCAUAAAAAGUAAAACAAACAUAGCCACCCAAUAAGACCCCCCCUCCAAAUAAAAUAAUGCUAAAAAAUUGGGUCUAGAAAAGCGACUUAUUAGCCGAAAAAUACGGUAUUUAUUAAUAAUGCUCACGCCGCAUUUCCUCGAAAAUGAGAUAGUGUCUUGUUCCAAUUUUCUUUCAAAAGAUAACACUAGGGCUUACUUUUGUGGGAUGUCUCUUAUUUUCAUUUACCUCAGAUUACUGAACCUCUUUCUCUCUCACAUGUUUUAGAUUAAUCAUUCAAAACGUGUAGAAGAGAUUCCUUGCUUAUAUUGAAAUCAUUUUUUAAAUUCAGGCUAGGUCUUAUUUUUAAGGAGAAAUGGUACUUAGGCCUAGCAUGUCUCAUACUGGAGACCUGCACUGGUUACCAAGAGGAUUUUGCAUUACUGAUUGCUCUUACUGAGGCACUGCACAAGUUCCGUUCAAAAUUCUGAAUUAAUAGGGAAUAGUGGACUCUUACUGCAGCUUCUGCAAGUUACUAUUUUAGGUACCGUAUUUCUCUGUGUGUAACACGCACCCGUGUAUAUUACGCAGGGCUCGUUUAGGGUGUGGAUUGUAUGAAGAUACAAGGGUCCAUGCAUAAUACGCACGGCCGAAUUCCGUCACUCAAACUCUUAUAUGGCCACGGCAAUCCAUUUACAGCUGCUACAAGCUUGUAGAAGAUGGUGCAAAACAAGUUGUGCUAUAGUACAUAGCGUUUCUAUGAUAUGACACUAUGAUUCAUGUUGUGCUAAGGUGCCUCACUUCACCUAUAACCUCUUGAAUGCUUUUCCCAACGCUUUAGAAAAUGAGAUGUUAUUUGAAAAAAAAAUGGUGCAACGAUCUGUGAUUUAGUUCUUCGUAUUUAUAAGUUUUUCGCACUAUUAUCUGUGGGGCCUUGUAUGGUAUUGUGCUCCACAGCCUCCACUAUAUGUAUCUAUACCUUAAUGAACCCAUUUUGUAGUUAGUUACCACAAAAGCUUUUUUAAAAUGAGUCAUUACUUUGUGUUUUUAUUAUUGAUAAUAUCAUCCGUGGGGCUUUACGUAACAUGGUGCCACACUUUUUAUAUGGGCAUUAGCAUUAUCGCUAUCCUAAAAACAUGUCCAUUUUACCAUUUUUGAAUUUCGAAUUUUGCAUUGCAGUUUCAAUUUGUUCUAUCGAUUGUUUUUUCUAUGGGACUUCCUACUUAUCUCUGCUUUCUUGCUUUUGCUGGGUGAUUCACAUACAUAUAAUGCAAGGAUGCUGUAGCAAGAUCUAAAACCCUUCCAGAAGGGGGCCACGACCCAUAAAAAGUUGGGAAACACUGCUAAAGAAAUUGUUCUGUUUGUUUGAAAAAUAUUUGAAUAGGCAUUCUCUUGAAUUAGUGUUAUACUAUUAUCCAUUUUAAGCCCCCACGGGUAGUGUGAUGGGUGGAUUUAUUGGGUGUUAUUGGAAUUGGGAUGAAAAAGUAUUUUGGAUACUUUAAAUAGUGUGUUUUAUAAGAGCAGGAAUUUAAAAUUACUUUUUUUUUUGUUCAAGAGAAAUGGAAUUUUUUUUUUCUGUAAAUUUUUUACUGCAUAUUGAAAUUAUGUGUUAUAUCAAAUAUACUGCGUAAUACUUUUGCUAUGAUUUUACCGUUCAAAAAAUUCAGUAAAUUAUUUUCGCUUUUGAAAUCUAUUAUUCGCAUUCGUUGUCAACUUUUAGACCAUGGGGUUCCUAAAGUAUAUUGGGCCUUGACCCAAUCAUGAACCACGCCGAGGUUACUCAAAUCUGUUGAAAUUUAUUUUCGAAAAUCAAUCGCAACUUAAUUAUUGCGGCAUUUCAUUUGGCUUGACCUCAAAAUAAUUGGUUUAUUGUGUCUUGUCUAUUUCACACAAACCAAAUCGGAAAACACAUUUUCCCGAUGUUUGGGUCGCGAGAUUUUCAUAAAACUCAGACCGUUUUUUUUUUGACAUAAAUUUUAUUGAUAUUCCCAUAUUUAAAAAUUCUAUGAUUGGAAUAAAAUCUUAAUUUUUGUCAAAUUUAGCCAAUUUGCUGCAACUUAUCUGGCAUUGGAUCUUUUAGAAAAGGGAAUUCUAGAAUGUUUAUUUAAUUUGAUUUCUUGGAAAUGUGUGGAGCCAAUAACGUUAGACUGUACACAAUUCAUUCUGAAAAGCAUUCUGGGUUAGCUGUCUAUUAGGCUUUCCUCUCCCCUUUGAUAUUUAUAAAAUUGUAUGCUACCUAAACAUGUAUUAUCGUUUUUUUUCACUUGUUCCCUUUCUGCAGUAUUUUUGGGGCUCCCAAAGUAUGUGAACCGAGAUGGCGAACACCGGAACAUGGCAUGUGUACCAGGUUGGGGUUAGGCCAUCAUUUUAGGUACAAAUACUACAGGAGCCGCUUGGCUAGUCGUCAAACUCGUAAUAGAACUAAAAUAAAAAAAUGGGAAUAAAAUUAUGGCCUGACCCUAACAUGGUACACAUACUUCGGGAGUAUCGUAUUUCUUAUAUUUAUUUCGCGUUUAUAAACUGUUGGUAAUUUCCUACCAGUGGAAAAGCCACAUGGAACAUAGGCAUGAUAUAUAAAGGGCUACCGCUUUGAGGGACCAAAAUCUUACCACUUCAUCCCCCUAAUUGUAAAUUUAAAAACCUUCUUUAUUUUCUUUCCGUCAUGUUUCCAUUUUGUAUCAGUAUUACAAGUACAGUUUCAAUGUCCAGUUAGUUUAGAAUGUUUUGUUAUGAAGGGGAAAAUUUGGUGACUCAUUUGAAA